AUGGAGUUAACCCCUCAAUCCACUCGUUCCCUAACGCCUCCCUUCACUUUCUCAGGCAACUCACAGCCACUCUUUGAAUAUCCGUCACCGGCUCAAAGUGAAUCAAGGUACGGAUCGACGGAUUCCAUCCAAGGCUUGGAACUCUAUUCUUGCCCUAUGUCAGGAUCUCCACCAGCAAUGGGAAAUCAGGAUGCUAGCUUGGAGUCAGGAGGCCUAUCUUCUGUAACCUCCGACAACUGGGCAGAUACCACUUUGCAAAGCCGUGAUACGCCUAGAUCAUCCAGGUCAACGCCUAAUAUUCACUCCGCGGAGUAUGAUCCCUUUGCCUCGUAUAAUCCACCAGUAUCAACUCCCUUCACUACUGAUAUAUAUACCACUUCCCAAACUGCUGAAGCGUCUAUUCUUCCAGCUUCUCCACUCCAGUCCGGUAACAACUCUCAUCGCUCUUCACUCUCUUCUGCUCCACCCUCAGAGAUAUUUACUCAAGCUGGAUCGAUACAUUCCUACACUCCACGCAUCAAGAUGGAAGACCAUUCAGAAUAUGUUCCCAGUAGUGACUCUUUCACAUUAGGCUCCCCUCACAAUGGCCAGCAUUCAUUUAUUGGUGCAGUGACUACCUACCCAGGAACUCUGGAGACAUCUUACUACGACCAAUCCCCGUGGGCACAAAAGAUGGAAUACACCUGUACUGAUUUACCACCAUUCUCGGCGCUCCCAAUUCCAACUUACGAGAGACGAUCCGAAAGUCAGGAUAGAUCAUCGUCACAGGAUCUUCGACGUCCAAGUGUAGUAGCACGGACGAGGGGACCUCGAAAACUCACCGCCAAGGAAGAUGCAAAUUUCCAGUGUCGUGUUAAGGGAUGUGGAAAGCUCUUUGGCCGUAGUUACAAUUAUAAGGCUCACAUGGAAACUCAUGAUGCGGAUCGAGAGUAUCCUUUUCCAUGUCCUGUGGAGAACUGCACCAAGAAAUUCGUCCGGAAGACGGACCUCCAGCGUCACAACCAGAGUGUUCACAUGAAGCAACGAAAUCAUAAAUGUGACUAUUGCAGCAGAUUCUUUGCAAGGAAAGACACACUUAGAAGACAUAUGGAAGAUGGUUGUUCCAAACGCUUCGACAUCGAAACCGUCGAUUUCAGACCUCAAAACUACACCAUGGACAACAAUUCAGCGCACACACUAAAGCUAGUACUCCCGCCUCACCCAGACCAAAUGGGACGACCUCUAUCUUACAUUCAAAACUCCCACUAUUCGCCACCCCCGCACAGCGGAAGCUCCGUUCAUGCGCAUCACGACGCUAUGGUUAGUCCUCUCACAUCAGCCUCGUCAGGGGCUCAAUACCUUAUGACGACAAGCUCGGAGCAUCACAACCAUGAGCCUGUGUGGAGCAGCCAAUAG